AUGGCGGCGAAUACCAUCAAGUUUCGUGCUUACGCCCACACUUACGCCCAAUUUGAACGUCUGAGCAGUGGAGCAGGCCAAAUCGCUGUGGUCUUCGCCACAGACACGGGCGGAAAUGGAAACUUCCAGGCCGAUUUCAAUGUCACUCCCCAACAAAUCCACGAUUUCAAAAGUAAAAAUAAGAAUUUCAAGUUCUUCUUGAGCAUGGGAGGUUAUCCCUUCAAUCUCGCACCGGCUAACGUCGCCGAAGCCGUCAACAGCCUCACAGACCUCAUCGGCAGCUACGGUUUUGAUGGCAUCGACGUUUACUACGACCAGAUCCCUGUGCCUCCUGCUCACUUUGUGGAUGUCAUGCAGAGUGUGAUUAGGGGGCUGAAGAACAAAAACCCCAGCCUUGAGGUCUCCCUCACUGUGCCUCCUCCUCUCAGUCAGAACCACUACUUGCCUCUGUACAACCAGGUCAAUGAUCUUGUUAAUUAUGUUAUUUACCAGACCUACUUAUUGGAACAUCCUGUCAAGGACGUCGGACAACUAGUGCGGAUAGUCGAUGAUUUACCUUAUCCCGCAGGCAAGCUCUUUGCUGGCUAUAGCUUCUUCAUCAGCGACUGCAACACUGUCCCACCGCUCAUCUUCCUUGUGGCCUGUAUUGUGCUCCUCAUCCAAGGCCGCAUUAUUGGCAUAUCCGUGUGGGCUGCCAGCGUCAUCUGA